AUUAUUAUGAUCACCUAGCUUAGUCAAAUAGAAAGAAGUUUAUCAAAAAUAUCUAAUCCUUCUUAUCAGUAAUAAUGAGAAUAUUGUUAGUACUGUGUAAGGUUCUAUGAGACAUAUUUCAAUGAGCUAAUCACAAAUGACUAGGUCUAAAAUUUUAAUAUCAUCUCAUCCGGAAUCUCAAUUUCUUCAAUUAGAUAAUGAUAUUCUCGAAAUUUAUGAUGAAUUUGAGAAGAAUUACAAUACAAUAUAAGAAACAGAUAAAACUAAUACAAAAAUUGAAACAAAAUAAAAAAUUACUGAGCAACCUAAAAUUAUAAAAUAACAGAAUAAGUUAUUAAAAACUUUUGAUGGACUAUAAUAAUCUGAUCUUGAAAUCGAAUUUAUUAAUAGAAUAUAAAUCAUUAGAUUUAGAUUCUAUUACUUUAGAAUAAGGAUUAAAGGAAGAUAAUGUAAAAUUAAAUAUAAAUUGCAAUUUUAGCUCCUCUUUAGAUUCUAUUAAACUUCCCUUCUAAAAUAACAAGCACUUAAUACAAAUUAUUCGUUUCUACCUCAAUAGAAUUCCCAAAUAAAUUUAAUGCUGAUCAAUCAGUUUAAAGUAGAUUUGUAAAGGUGCAUUCUAAAUAAAAUUCCAAAUUGUUUUUCGAUGAUUAUGUUUACUUAACAUUUUAUAGUGAAUUUGAUGCCAUUAUAGGUAUGUAAAUAACAUUUGGAGAAUAAUCUACAACAUCUAAUGGAUAAAAAUUAGUAUAAUCAAUGAUUAAUCUUGAUACAUUUCAUGAAAGAAGGACUAUUCAUCCAAAAGACAAGAUCUUAUAAAAUAUAGAAAUGGCAAAAACUAAGAUGUAUUCAAAAUUAGAUGAAAUGCUUAAAGCAAAACGUAUAAUAAAUUAGAUUAAAUUAGAUAGACAUACCAAAUCAUAAGAAACCAUUCAAAGAUCUAAAUUAAUAUAAAAGGAAGUUAGAUAAACACGAUUAAUUAAAUUAUUAGUUAAAGAUUAAAUAGGAUAAUUUAGAGAAGUUGAAAAAGUUCAUUAAAAAGAAUAAUAAAUCUAAAUAUUUGUCAAAAAAAAUUGGAUUAUGAUAACAACUUUAUUCAAUAUCUGUAGAUAAACUUAUAGAAAAUUAGAAGUAAUAAUGUUUUUAUUCUAGAAAAUAAGACGCAAAAAUAAAAUUGCUGCUUAAGCUAACUUAUUAGUAUGGUAAUUACAAACAAAAGCUUUAAUUGAAGUUAGAAGAUAUGGAGAUAAUCCCUUCAUAAGAUCUCUAAGCAAAUCAUCUCUCGUAUUAACCACAUUUACUUCCUACAUCUAAGAAAAAUGCCUCAAUAAAGCUGAAAGAAUAUUAAGUCAAUUUUUAACAGAUAUCAUACUCUAUUAAACAUUUAUUAAUAAACAUAUUCAUUUGAUUUCUAAAAGUAUCUUAUAUAUUUUAAUUAUUUCAUUAGUUAAAUGUAUCUAAAGAAAUUAUCGAAAACUUAGAUUAGUCAGAAAAAAUUUUAAAGAUAAAUUUCUUAAGGCUUUCAAAGAUAAAAUUUAUAUCUUGUACUAAGGUAGAGGAAGUGAUCAGAAACCUAGAAUAAAUAUAGAACAGUAUUAUAUUAUUUAUUUUAGACAUAUCAUAAAUAAAUUAUUUGAGGAAUACUCAUUAAAAAUAAAACAUAGAUGGAUAGAUUCUCGAAGAGCCAUUAAUGUUUUGUCAGUUUUAAAAAAAGUAAUCUAUUCAACAUUUUAUUUAGAGCUUUUCAGUCUAAAGGUCAGAUAUUAAAUUAUAUUCAUUACCUGAUGAGUCAGAGAUGCAAUUGAUAAUUUAAUAAUAUUACAAACUAAAAAAGUAAUUGAGCUGA